CCUGAUUCAGUUUUUAGCGCAGCGAGAGGCCGAGAAAGAGUAGGUUACUUGAGUUAGAGAUUUUCAGUGACUACGAUAAAUGGAAGCUUCACGGAGAAGAGGCGGCGGCGGAAUGGUGCGUAUAUCACCGUUACAAACAACUCGGUCCAGCGAUAGGGCGGUGAGAAAUCCGCGAUUGGGGGAGGGGAAUUUCCGCGGAAAGCACGAUAAAGAUGGAGGCGUCAAUGUGCAGGUCAUUGUGCGGUGCAGGCCUUUGAGUGAGGAUGAUGAGGUUAGAUUGCAUGCACCUGCGGUGAUUUCUUGCAAUGACAGCAGAAGAGAAGUUUGCACGGUUCAGAGUGUUGCAAAUAAGCAAAUUGAUAGGACUUUCCUAUUUGACAAGGUCUUUGGUCCAUCAUCCCAACAAAAGGAUUUGUACGAUCAAGCAGUACGCCCCAUAGUAUUUGAAGUUUUAGAAGGCUACAAUUCCACCAUCUUUGCCUACGGGCAAACUGGAACUGGGAAAACCUACACUAUGGAGGGUGGGUCAGGAAAAAAGAAUGGUGAUAUCCCAAGUGAUGCUGGGGUUAUUCCAAGAGCCAUUAGACAAAUUUUUGACAUCUUAGAAGCUAAAAAAGCUGAGUACAGCUUGAAGGUCACAUUCUUAGAACUUUACAAUGAGGAAAUAACAGAUCUUUUGGCGCCAAAAGAAUGUUCGAAAUUCGUACAAGACAAAUCAAAGAAACCAAUAGCCCUCUUGGAGGAUGGAAAAGGGGGAAUUUUUGUUAGGGGAUUGGAAGAAGAAACUGUGAAAACAGCUGAUGAAAUAUAUAAUAUCUUGGAGAAAGGUUCUGCCAAGAGGAGAACAGCAGAGACCCUUCUCAACAAACAGAGCAGCCGUUCUCACUCUGUAUUUUCUAUCACUAUUCAUAUCAAGGAGUGUACUCCACAUGAAGAGAAGAUGAUCAAAUGUGGGAAGCUAAACUUAGUCGACCUGGCUGGCUCAGAAAAUAUUUCACGUUCCGGUGCAAGGGAGGAAAGAGCAAGGGAAGCAGGUGAGAUAAACAAAAGUUUGCUGACACUUGGUCGAGUCAUAAAUGCCUUGGUUGAACAUUCUGCUCAUAUACCCUACAGAGAUAGCAAGUUAACAAGGUUGCUGAAAGAUUCAUUGGGAGGGGAAACAAAGACCUGUAUAAUUGCUACGAUAUCACCUUCCUCCCACUGUUUAGAAGGGACACUCAGUACAUUAGAUUAUGCUCAUCGUGCCAAAAACAUAAAGAAAAAGCCGGAGGUUAAUCAGAAGAUGAUUAAGUCCGUCCUAAUCAAGGAUUUCUACUUUGAAAUUGAUCGACUAAAACAAGAGGUACAUGUUACAAGAGAGAAGAAUGAAAUCUAUGUACCAAAAGAUCAUUUUCUCAAGGAUGAGGCUGAGAAAAAGGUGAUGUUAGAGAAUAUUGAGCAUAUGGAAAUUGUUAAAGGGAACAAGCACUUGGCCUCCGAGAGGACCUGGAAACUGCUGAAUCAUAUGUCUCUAUUCUGUUCGCCAAAAUUGAGGAAGGAUAAAAUUGAAGACAACGAUAGAGUGCUUAUACAGAAAUUCCAAUCCGAAUUGGCUCAGCAGCUUGAGAUCUUACAUAAGGCGAUAGCAUCUGCCACCACAACUGAUGAAAUAUAUAUGAUCUUAGAGAAAGGUUCUGCCAAGAGGAGAACAUCAGAGACCCUUCUCAACAAACAUAGCAGCCGUUCUAACUCUGUAUUUUCUAUCAAUCUUCAUAUCAACGAGUGUACUCCAGAAGGAGAGGAGAUGAUCAUAUGUGGGAAUCUAAACUUAGUCGACCUGGCUGGCUCAGAAAAUAUUUCACGUUCCGGUGCAAGAGAGGGAAGAGCACGGGAAGCAGGUGAGAUAAACAAAAGUUUGCUGACACUUGGUCGAGUCAUAAAUGCCUUGGUUGAACAUUAUGCUCAAAUACCCUACAGGGAACAAGCACUUGGCCUCCGAGAGGACCUGGAAACUGCUGAAUCAUAUGUCUCUAUUCUAUUCGCCAAAAUUGAGAGGAAGGAUAACAUUGAAGACAACGAUAGAGUGCUUAUACAGAAAUUCCAAUCCAAAUUGGUUCAGCAGCAUGGGAUCUUAUAUAAGGCGGUAGCAUCUGCCACCACGCAGCAAGAACACCACCUUAAAGCAAUGGAAGAAGAUAUGCAUCUGUUUGUAUCUUCAAAGAUAGAGGCUACUAAACAACUUCAAGAUCAAUUAGAGAAAUUGAAAUCCAUGUAUGGCUCGGGAAUCAAGACUUUAGGGGAUUUUGCCGGAGAACUUGAUGGUAACUCUCAAUCGGUAAGUGGUGACAUGAACACUGAAAUUUCCAAUCAUUCUUCAGAUCUAGAAAAGAGUUUCAAAGGUUUUCCAUAG